AUGAACCUUCUACAUAAUAAACUUACAACUCCUUUAUUCUACGAAAAUUUUGAACUUAUUCUUGUAGACUUUAAUCGAAAACUUUCCACAGCUUACGAGACCAAAAACACUAAACCAACGACGCUCAAAUGGAUAAAGUUUAUUCAGCUUAUGGAAAUGAAAAUUCAUUCAAAUAAUCAACCCUCCCGAAAAAGUAAUUAUCAACGAGCUCACUCAGCUUUGGUUCAAAAUGGGACACAUCGUGUUAAUCCUACCAGAAGUGCUUAUGAUGAUGCUGCUUCAAUAAAUUCAUCACUUUCUAAUCAUGAUCAAGCGGCAACAACAAAUGAUGCGUCGAAUCCUCGGCGUCAAUUACCAUUUGGAAAUUCACAAUAUAUAGGUGAAACAAAAGAACCAACGGACGUUACGGACAUGAAAAGAGAAAGUAAAUCGAGACAUACUUCAAUUCCGUUAGUGGAUAGGGAGACAUACAAUUUUGAUGGAAUAACAUUUCCCGGUGGUGGUAAAAAUGCACGUCAAUUUUUGACUGCCAGUGACUUUGCUAGACCUGAGAAAAAACGAAAAAGUGGAUGUUGUUCUUGGUCAAUUUGA